CCAAGAGUGAAUCGUCCGUCGUAAUGCACUUUAUAGCUAAACCUGUUAAGCUAUAUUCUUUGUAUAAGAAUUUUGUUUCAAUAAGAGCAAUGAGUUCCGAAUUUCUAAUAAAAGAUUCCAAAUAUUCAUUCUUAAAAGACUUAGGUCUAAGUGAUACAAAUUCGGGUGUGUAUGAUGGAAAAUGGAAAGGCAGUGGCCCGGUUGUCAAGUCUAUUUGCCCCAGCAAUGGAAAAGUAAUAGCACAAGUAACCACUGGAACUGUUGACGAUUAUCAAUCUUGUGUAAAAGCUUCAGAAUCAGCAUGGAAUAUUUGGGCUGAUCUCCCUGCUCCUAGACGUGGUGAAAUUGUAAGACAAAUCGGUGAUGCUCUUAGAAGUAAAUUGGUUCCUUUAGGCCAAUUAGUGUCUCUUGAAAUGGGAAAAAUAUUACCUGAAGGCAUUGGCGAAGUUCAAGAGUACGUAGACAUUUGCGACUAUGCUGUUGGACUAUCCAGAACAUUAGCUGGUGCUAUUUACCCAUCUGAAAGACCUGGACAUGUUCUUUUGGAAAAAUGGAACCCUCUAGGAUUGAUUGGUGUUAUUUCCGCAUUUAACUUUCCGAUUGCCGUAUAUGGUUGGAACAGCGCUAUAGCAAUGGUGUGUGGAAAUACUGUUUUGUGGAAAGGAGCCGAAACGACACCGUUAGUAUCAGUUGCGACUACCAGAAUUGUAGCUGAAGUUUUGGAAAAAAAUAAAUUACCCGGAGCAAUUGCCUCUUUGUGUUGCGGUGGUGCUGAUGUGGGAAAAGCAAUGGCUGCAGACUCAAGAAUCAAACUACUCUCUUUUACUGGAAGUUCCCAAAUUGGUCAACAGGUUGGAGUGGAAGUGCAAAAAAGGUUUGGUAAACAUCUUUUGGAAUUAGGUGGUAACAACGCUCUGAUCAUUGCUGAUGAUGCGGAUUUAAACAUGGUUGUUCAGGCCACACUAUUUGCUUGUGUUGGUACAGCAGGCCAAAGAUGCACAACAACAAGAAGAUUAAUUCUUCACAAAAACGUUUAUGAUGAGGUCUUGACAAGACUGAAAAAGGCCUAUCAACAAGUUCAAAACCGAAUUGGUGAUCCUUUAGAGUCUAACACUCUUAUAGGACCACUUCACAGUGAACAAUCUCUUCAGAAAUACAAAGACACCAUCGCUGAAAUAAAGAAACAAGGCGGUAAAAUAGAAAUAGGAGGAAAUGUUUUGAACACACCGGGAUAUUUCGUGGAACCUACAAUAGUGACUGGUCUUAAACACGAUUGUAAUUUGGUGCACAACGAAUGUUUCGCACCAAUCGUGUAUGUUCUAAAAACGGACAGUGUAGACGAAGCCAUUUCCUGGAACAAUGAAGUGCCUCAAGGUUUGUCAUCCAGUAUAUUCACUCAAAAUAUUGAAAAUAUAUUCAAGUGGAUAGGUCCUAAAGGUUCAGACUGCGGCAUUGUAAACGUUAAUAUUCCCACUUCUGGUGCUGAAAUUGGUGGUGCCUUUGGUGGUGAGAAACAUACAGGAGGUGGAAGAGAAUCUGGCAGUGAUGCUUGGAAACAAUACAUGAGAAGAUCCACCAUUACCAUUAACCACUCUAAAGAACUACCCCUGGCCCAAGGAAUAAAAUUUGAAUGAAAUUACUUUUGUACAAUCAUUUUUAUAAAAUAUAAUUUUAAGUUUUAAUAGAUUUAUGUAAUGUUCACAUGAAGUAAGUUGGUUCUUGCUAUUUUUAAAUUUGAAAAAAUUUAAAUUUUAGAUAUACAAUUUUAAAA